AUGGCCAGUGUCAAGGAAGCCGUCAAGGAACAACUCUUGGGUAGCCAUGAGGCGCCUCAGCUGUCCCACCAGGCGCGUGCGAACUUCAUUCGCCAUGCGCAGAAGGACGAGAAUGGCGAGCUGUUCAUGGACGAGGACAACUUCAUUAAUGCCGUCGCCCCCAAGCAGGAGGAUUAUCACAAGAUCAAGCGCGAACAAUACGGUAUCCUCUUCAACGUCGCAGACCGACGGAGAGUCGGCAAGCUGAACGUCAACGACUGGGCCACCUUCGAAAACCUCCUCGCAAAGCCCGAUGCCGAGUACGAGAUCGCGUUCCGCCUCUUUGACUUGGAUGGCACUGGUGCCGUCAAGUUCGAGACCGUGCAGGGCCUGUACAACCUGAACAAGAGCGCCGAGAGCAUCCCCUUUGACUGGAACUCAGAAUGGGCCUCGCUGUACGGCGGCCGCUCCAAGACCCGCCAUGACAUGACCUACCCCCAAUUCGCCCAGAUGCUCCGCGGUCUGCAGGGUGAGCGCAUCCGUCAAGCCUUCCACACCUUUGACAAGGACGGCGAUGGUUUCAUCAAGCCCGAGGACUUCCAGCGUAUCAUUCUCGAGACCUCAAAACACAAGCUGUCCGAUCAUGUGCUGGAGAACCUUCCUACCCUGUGCAACAUCUCGACCAGCAACCGCAUCUCCUACGCCAAUGUCCGGGCCUUCCAGAACGUCAUGCGUGAGAUGGACAUCAUCGACAUGGUUGUCCGCGAGGCUACCAAGAAGAGCACCGACGGAAAGAUCACUCGCUCCGACUUCCUGAACGAGGCUGCUCGCAUCACCCGCUUCUCCCUGUUCACCCCCAUGGAGGCCGAUAUUCUGUUCCACUUCGCCGGUCUCGAUGCCCCCUCCGGCCGCCUGUCACAAAAGGACUUCGCCAAGGUCAUUGAUGCUUCAUGGCGUAUUCCUGUGGCUGUGGCUGGCCAGGCCAUCUCCACUGCUGGACAUGAAGCCGCUGAGAAGACCAAGACUGUCCUGCAUAGCAUUUUGGAAUCUGUGCACCACUUCGCUUUGGGAAGUAUUGCUGGUGCUUUUGGUGCCUUCAUGGUUUACCCUAUUGAUUUGGUCAAGACUCGUAUGCAGAACCAGCGCUCUUCUCGCCCUGGUGAGAGACUGUACAACAACUCCAUCGAUUGCGCCAGGAAGGUUAUCCGCAACGAGGGUUUCACCGGCCUGUACUCUGGUGUUAUUCCUCAGUUGAUUGGUGUGGCCCCCGAGAAGGCUAUCAAGUUGACUGUCAACGAUCUUGUUCGUGGACAUUUCACCGAUAAGGAUACUCAUCGCAUCAAGUACAUGCAUGAGGUUCUGGCCGGUGGUACUGCUGGUGCUUGUCAAGUUGUCUUCACCAACCCCCUCGAGAUUGUCAAGAUUCGUCUGCAGGUCCAGGGUGAAAUCGCAAAGAAUGUCGAGGGUGCUCCUCGCCGCUCAGCCCUGUGGAUCGUCAAGAACCUGGGUCUGAUGGGUCUGUACAAGGGUGCCAGUGCCUGUCUCCUCCGUGAUGUCCCCUUCUCGGCCAUCUACUUCCCCACAUACGCCCACCUGAAGUCCGACUUCUUCGGUGAAACCCACACCAACAAGCUCGGAGUCGUCCAGCUCCUGACAGCCGGUGCCAUCGCCGGCAUGCCCGCCGCCUACCUGACAACGCCCUGCGACGUGAUCAAGACCCGUCUGCAAGUCGAAGCCCGCAAGGGUGACACCAAGUACACCGGUCUCCGCCACUGCGCCGCAACCGUCUGGAAGGAAGAAGGUCUGGCAGCCUUCUUCAAGGGCGGUCCCGCCCGUAUCCUGCGUUCUUCCCCGCAAUUUGGUUUCACCCUAGCCGCCUACGAAGUCCUGCAAAAGUUGCUUCCCAUGCCCGGUUCCGGUGAGGAAGUCACUCCCACCGGUCACGUCGAGCCUGGCGUCGGUGGCCAAGGGGCCAAGGCACCUCUGCCUUACCUCCGGUCACGGAACGCCCUGAAGCUGAUUCUGGACUUGGACCAGAACAUUGGUCGGGUGCAGGCUCCCCGGCCUGAGCAGUGGCCCCAAUUCAUGAAGGGAUCUAAGCAGUAA